AUGCCGACUACCCGCAGCCAGUCCACUGCGGUUCCUGCCUUGCCGUCGGAUUCCAGAUCCUCAUCACCGUCUCCGCCGUCGUUGACAGGUACCGGGGCUGCUGCUCCUGACCGCGUGUUUGUAGCAUCCUCUGAUUCCGGAGCUGCUGCU